UCCGCAUGAGGACGCGAUAGUCGGUUCAGUCUAAUGUCCUAGGUUCAGUCAACCUUUCCUUGUCAGUUUUCCUAGCUUAGCUAGGUAAUUAGUUUAUGGUAAAACCGAACAUGUGACAUCUCACUGUCCUAUCAUUUUUCAUAUUUCAUCAUUGAAUUGUUUGAAUCAUAGUAAAUCUUUAUAAUUUAAUUUUUGACGUAUUAGGUAGAAAGUAAGGAUUAACGUUUCGUAAAGCAUGAUGAAAAACGAAACCGAAACUAUUGAACAACAUUUUUAUAAUUUCUUGAAAGUCAACGGCGGAAAUGAAGAUAUUGAGUCUUCCAAAGGAUUUUUACGUCUCCAUUUCCCUAAAGAACAUGCUCAAUUACACACUCUUAACGAACUUAUUCAACUAAUAAUAAACAAUAAUAUGCCUAUGAUAGAAAGUAUCGAAUUGAUAAAAUGCGUGGUCAAAACAUACUUAAAUAAUUCUGAAUUGGGAAAUUUUAUAAGCGAUUAUGAAUAUCUAAUGAAAAAUAUAGGUACAGAAGAUACUAUAACUGUUUACCACCUAUACAAAAAAAUAGCAGAUUUUAUUGAAAAUAAAAUUGGUUCGAGUAACGUGCAGAAUUUGAAAAAUGAUUUUAAACAUAUUAUCGAUUCGGAAAGAGUAUUUGAUACCAUCGACACUUUUAGUCAACUUUUUGGAAUUCUUGAAGAUAGAGAUGCGUUAAACGACAAUGAUGUCAGUCCUUUAGAACAUAUUUUAAAUAAACUGGAUCGGAAUGAUGAUAUAGAUACAAUUAAACGUGUAUUGAACGUCUUUAUAAAACUUUCACACAUGCAGUAUAAAUGCAAAAUAUGUAAAUGCCAAACCAAUUUUAAACCAUUUCGCAUUCCAAAUGAAGAUUUUGAAGCACCUAAGCCUGCUGAAACAUUGGUGCCAAAAGAAUCUGAUGAAUUACAAGCAGUCAUCAAUUAUUUGUGCAAAAAUUUGGGUCCAGAUUGGAAAAAGCUUGCUCGUGCUUUGAGAAUUCCUGAAUCUAGAAUACAAUCAAUCGUGCACGACCACAUCAGACAGGUAGAAGAACAAGCAUAUCAAAUGAUGAUGCUCUGGAGAACAACUAAUGAAAAUCCAACUGUGGAUAAAUUGCUAACUGCUUUAAAAAGUCCAAUAUGUGAGAAAAUGUCAUUAGUUAGAGAUAUAAAAACAGGAAAACAUUUACAGUUCUAAAGGUUACAACUAUAUUAAUUUAUAAUUACAUAUAUUUUAUAUAAAUAAUUUUAUGAAUUUUUUCAAUGUAAUGUACAGUAAUAGAAUAUAGAAAUUUUAUAAGUGGAAAAAUUAUUUUUUUGCAAUGCAAUGUAUAUUAAUACUAUGUACCAAUUUUAUUUAGAAAUGAAAGAUGCAACAGAAUAUUCAUACCUUAACAUUAAAAUAUAUGAAAUAAUUUAGAUACAGUAGAGCGUCGUUUAUCAGAAAAUCGGUUAUCCUAAACGUCUGUUAUCCGAAGGAAUUCCAGUUGACAAAUUUAAAUUUUUGCCAGUGCUGUGGCGCUGUAAUCUUUGGCUAUGUCUUGGGCUACUCAAAUAUUUUACGUUUUUGAUACUAAAUUAACUUCU